CGGGUCCUGGGUGGCCAGCGUUGUCUCCACCGCUUGGGGACCUUUCCUGUGGCCUCGCCAUGGAGAAAGAAGUCACCUGAUUGCUGGAGAACAGAGCCAGCCCCUGACCUGCGGGAGCAGUCACUCCCCGCCAGGCAUGAAGGGCGACGGGGCCGUGUGGAGCCUCAUGUGGAAGUACUGUGUCUCCGUGCGGACGCUCAGCGUCGAGGGCGAGGUGCCCAGCAGCGAGGCCGGCACAUCCCUGGACAGCCCCUCCGCCUACCACCAGGGCCCUUUGGUGCCUGGUUCAAGCCUGAGCCCGGACCACUACGAGCACGCGUCGGUGGGAGCCUACGGGCUGUACCCGGGCCCGCCGGGGCAGCAGCGCACGCGGAGGCCCAAGCUGCAGCACUCUACCUCCAUCCUGCGCAAGCAGGCGGAAGAGGAGGCCAUCAAGCGCUCGCGGUCUCUGUCCGAGAGCUAUGAGCUCUCCUCUGACCUGCAGGACAAGCAGGUGGAGAUGCUAGAACGCAAGUAUGGGGGCCGCCUUGUGACCCGCCAUGCAGCCCGCACCAUCCAAACGGCGUUCCGCCAAUACCAGAUGAACAAGAACUUCGAGCGCCUCCGAAGCUCCAUGUCGGAGAACCGUAUGUCCCGCCGGAUUGUGCUGUCCAACAUGAGGAUGCAGUUCUCCUUUGAGGGGCCCGAGAAAGUGCACAGCUCCUACUUUGAGGGCAAGCAGGUCUCCCUGACCAACGAUGGCGCGCAGCUGGGCGCCCUGGUGCCCUCCGAGUGCGGAGACCUCGGGGAGCCCGCUCUCAAGUCUCCGGCCCCCUCCAGUGACUUCGCCGACGCCAUCACAGAGCUGGAGGACGCCUUCUCCCGGCAGGUGAAGUCUCUGGCCGAGUCCAUCGAUGACGCCCUGAACUGCCGGAGCCUCCAUGCCGAGGAGGUGCCGACCCCGGAGGCGGCGAGGGCGCGGGACGCGGAGCCCAAGGCCGCCAUGCACAGCAUGGACCACCACAAGCUGGACGAGAUGACCGCUUCCUACAGCGACGUCACCUUGUACAUCGACGAGGAGGAGCUGUCGCCGCCACUGCCGCUCGCGCCCGCCGGGGAGAGGCCUCCCAGCACCGAGUCGGACCUGCGCCUGCGGGUCGGGGGUGCCGCCCAGGACUAUUGGGCCCUGGCCCACAAGGAUGACAAGGCCGACACAGACACGAGCUGCCGGAGCACUCCGUCGCUGGAGCGGCAGGAGCCCCGGCUGCGGGUGGAGCACCUGCCCCUGCUCACCAUUGAGCCCCCCAGCGACAGCUCGGUGGACCUCAGUGACCGCUCGGACCGCGGCUCACUCAAGAGGCAGAGCGCCUAUGAGCGCAGCCUGGGAGGCCAGCCGGCCAGCCCCAAGCACGGCUCCCACGGUGGCGCACCCAAGGGCCUGACCCGGGAGGACCCCGAGCUGCGGCCCCGGCCCCCCCGGCCCCUGGAGAGCCACCUGGCCAUCAAUGGCUCCGCCAAUCGGCAAAGCAAGUCUGAGUCGGACUACUCCGACGGGGACAAUGACAGCAUCAACAGCACGUCCAACUCCAACGACACCAUCAACUGCAGCUCCGAGUCCUCGUCCAGGGACAGCGUGCGGGAGCCCACGCUUAGCAAGCAGACCUACCACAAGGAGGCCCGCAACAGCUGGGACUCACCGGCCUUCAGCAAUGACGUCAUCCGCAAGCGCCACUACCGCAUCGGGCUGAACCUCUUCAACAAGAAGCCCGAGAAGGGCGUCCAGUACCUCAUCGAACGCGGCUUCGUGCCUGACACGCCCGUGGGUGUGGCCCACUUCCUGCUGCAGCGCAAGGGCCUCAGCCGCCAGAUGAUCGGCGAGUUCCUGGGCAACCGACAGAAGCAGUUCAACCGCGACGUGCUGGACUGCGUGGUGGACGAGAUGGACUUCUCUGCCAUGGAGCUGGACGAGGCCCUCAGAAGGUUCCAGGCACACAUCCGCGUCCAAGGGGAGGCCCAGAAGGUGGAGCGGCUCAUCGAGGCGUUCAGCCAGCGCUACUGCAUCUGCAACCCCGGGGUGGUGAGGCAGUUCCGGAACCCAGACACCAUCUUCAUUCUGGCCUUCGCCAUCAUCCUGCUCAACACCGACAUGUACAGCCCCAACGUCAAGCCCGAGCGGAAAAUGAAGCUGGAGGACUUUGUCAAGAACCUGCGAGGCGUGGAUGACGGUGAGGACAUUCCCCGGGAGAUGCUGAUCGGGAUCUACGAGCGGAUCCGGAAGCGGGAGCUGAAGACCAACGAGGACCAUGUGUCGCAGGUGCAGAAGGUGGAGAAGCUCAUUGUGGGCAAGAAGCCGAUUGGGUCUCUUCAUCAUGGACUUGGCUGUGUGCUGUCCCUGCCCCAUCGGCGGCUGGUCUGCUACUGCCGGCUCUUCGAGGUUCCAGACCCCAAUAAACCCCAGAAACUUGGGCUGCACCAGCGAGAAAUCUUCCUCUUCAACGACCUCUUGGUGGUCACCAAGAUCUUCCAGAAGAAGAAAAACUCAGUGACGUACAGCUUCCGGCAAUCCUUCUCUCUGUGUGGUAUGCAGGUCCUGCUCUUCGAGAACCAGUACUACCCUCACGGCAUCCGCCUCACGUCCGCUGUCCCCGGAGCAGACGUCAAGGUGUUGAUAAACUUCAACGCACCCAAUCCUCAGGACCGGAAGAAGUUCACUGAUGACCUCCGGGAGUCGGUGGCGGAAGUGCAGGAGAUGGAGAAACACCGGAUAGAGGCGGAGCUGGAAAAGCAGAAGGGCGUCGUCCGGCCCAGCAUGUCCCAGUGCUCCAGUCUGAAGAAGGAGCCGGGCGCCGGGACGCUGAGCCGGGCCUGCCUGGACGACAGCUACGCCAGCGGCGAGGGCCUCAAGCGCAGCGCCCUCAGCAGCUCCCUGCGCGACCUCUCGGACGCAGGGAAGCGAGGGCGUCGGAGCAGUGCGGGAUCGCUAGAGAGCAAUGUGGAAGGGUCCAUCAUUAGCAGUCCUCACAUGCGCCGGAGAGCAACAUCAACACGAGAGUGUCCAUCUCGCCCCCCCCAGGCCAUGCCCAACUCGUCCUCCCUCCUGGGCUCCCUGUUCGGGAGUAGGAGAGGGAAGCCCCCUCCGCAGGGCCCCCCGCCACCCCCCCACCCCGCACACUCAGCCGGCCACCUCCCCGGGCCCACAGAGGGCCUGCCUCAGGCCCCGGCACACGGGCACCACGCCCAGUACUGCCACAUGCAGAAUCCACCCCCCUACCACCACCACCACCACUACCACCCGCCCUCCCACCUGCAGCACGCCCACCAGCAUCACCACGGGCCCCACGGCGGCCACUACGGGGCCCACGCCCACGGCCACCCCCCGCUGCCCCCCACCCACGCCGGCCACGGGGGGCACCCCGCGCACCACCAUGGGCAGCCCCCCGCCCCGCCCCCCCCCACCAGCAGCAAGGCCAAACCCAGCGGCAUCAGCACAAUCGUGUAGGCGGCCUGGGUGCCGCCGCCCGAGCCUUCCCAGCCGAGGGCCGCAGACCGGCCAGGGCGCCACACCGCUGCUCCACAUUCCCCUCGGCCUGAGGGGCCUCGAGCCCCCCGCUCGCCUUCUGUGGAGCGGAGCUCCUCACUGGACCUAGCCUUGGCGCCGGCCGCGGGCGCGUCCCUUCACCCCGCAGGAGGGGUCUCGACGCAGCCCCAGUAGACACAGGCCUGCCCCCCAGCGCUCUGCCCGCUCCCGACACACAUCUGACCCCCAACUUAGAGAGAGAAGACAUGAGAUCUAAAAAAGCAGACAACACAGAACUUACCCCAAAACUUGCUGCAUUAUUGCUCUGUUCUUGACAAUGGGCAAAAAAAUUAAGUAGACCUGAUAUGGUUGAUGAAAAUACGUAAGUAAACUUUAUAUAAUAUAAAUAUAUAAAUAUAUAAAUAUAUAAAUA